AUGGGAACUGCAGCGCCCCGGGCAGGAGAAGCCGGGCGACAAGGGGUGGGAACACGGUGAGAUGUGCGGCAUGGUACGUGUCCUGCCGCCCCGUUGCGCAGCACCCUUUUCUGUCUCCUCCACGACAUAUCCUCCCUCCCUCAUCUCCCUUUCAACCAGCACCUUCCAGAGUACAUAACGCCUCCGCAGCCGCAGAACAAUGCCCGACACACACUUUCCUCAGUACUACGCCCCAGCUGCGCCGCUGCAGUACACAGCGACUGCUAAGGGUCAGCAGGAGGACAAUACCGCCUACGCCAUCGACGAGGUCGACUACUCCAAACAGAACUUCGAUUUCUUCCACUUCGGUCCUGGGGCUACGGGUAUCGUCGCGCCCCACCCCGACCAGUUCGAGUCCGAGCUCGACUCGUCACUUGCCGCGUUCGACGCCGAGCUCAGUCUCCUCCCCAUCGAAACAACUGGAGACAUCUUCUCCUUCCUGCGCUCCGACACUCCCACUUGCGGCCCUCCUUCGACCUUCACCGUCUCGUCCGAGUCGGUGUCAGGUUAUGACUCGGGCUACGCCGACUCUCUCUCAGCAUACAGUUUCAACGCGCAGUCUCCCACGCCCAACUAUCCCGCGAGCAACUACUCGUACACCCAGGAGCUCGACAUGGAUUUCAAGCGCAUGGGUCUUCCCGGCUCUGCCGCGCCGGCUCAAGAUGAGCGCAAGUUCACGAGCGCUUCGCCCAGCGCAAGUAUCCGCAGCUCGCCUAAGAGCAUGCCCAUCGCGCGCUACUCUCCGCAGAACUUCUCCCCGCGCGGGAGCUUCUCCGACUAUGAGCCCGCCCAGCCGCAGCACGCCCGCAUGGCUAGCUCUGCGGCUUCGGACUACUACCCGCAAGCGCAGGUCAGCAAGUCGUUUAACUACGGAGGCGUGUCCCAGCAGACCGUGUCACCGUCGAACGUUUCGCCGUCUGUGCCCGGCGUGCCCACCAUCCCCAUGCUCAACAGUGCCCCCAUGGCCAGGAAGAUGGACGAGAUGUCGCAGGACUCGAAGAAGAAGUACCAGUGCCCGUCGUGCCCUCGAGCCUUCGCCAGGGCCUACAACCUCAAGACGCACAUCCAGACCCACGACCCCAACCGUGCUAAGCCAUACAUCUGCCAUCACAAGUCGUGUGGCAGGUCGUUCAGUCGUAAGCACGACCUGACUCGCCACCUCGUCUCCAUACAUCGCUCGGACGCUAUGCCGGCGUCGUCGACGUCUAUUGGUGUUGGCAAGGGACCCCGAGGCUGGUGCGACAACUGCGGCAAAGGUUGGGUCGGCAAGGACAAGGACUGCGAGUGCGAGUGCGACGAGAAGUAGACGAUGGCUGUUCACUAUGCUCCUACCCUCCUAUGGUUUGCGUGCGUUACUGUUCCUCCGUUCUUCAUGUCAAGGUGCUUAUGCGUUGGUGACAGUUCGAGCAACACUCGCGUCCGUCCGAAUGGUGUCCAGCGUGUCGUCGGUCUAUCGUGGUCGUCUUCGACCGACGUGCUCUACACUGUGACGACGUUAUACAUGCGUCGGUCGGUGUUCUGCCCAUGUCCCUUCCGCCCAUGUUACCUCUUAUCACCUCUUACCUACUGUCUACGUUGACAUGCGCGUGUUCUGUGCUAGCUGUGGAUGAAGGUUCUCGUAUGUCGUGGUACCUGUUCUGCGUGUGAAUGAUCGGCCUACGUCUCAUCCUGCUCGGCUGUGUUGUGUAGAUAUGUUCUGCCCUGACUAUUUAUGUGCGGCUGCGUAAUGAUUGCUUCUAAAUGUAUGUACUGCAUGAUAUGCUAUUAUUUUGCCUCCA